CUAAUCUAUCCAAUUUGACAUUUUGGGUUCUAUUGUAAGAAAGAUAAAUACUGUCAUUGCAUGGAAUCCCUUUUCAGCUUUUCAUCUCUCUCUAGUUCGGUCCUUGUUCUUAAUCAUCAUCGAUUAGUUGUUGUUUUUGUGGGUGGUUGAGGAAAAAAAUGAGGAAGGAGGACACCGUGAAGCUGAUUAGUGCAGAGGGAUUCGAAUUUGUGAUCGAUAAGAAGGCCGCCUCCGUUUCCAAUACUCUCAGGAACAUGCUCUCUUCCUCAGGUAGUUUCACUGAAACACAACUUGGAGAGGUGAAGUUUCCAGAGAUCAGCACCCCCGUUCUGGAGAAAGUAUGCCAGUAUUUUUACUGGUCCUUGCAGUUUGCCAGUGGUAAAGAGACCGAGUUCUACAUCGAGCCUGAAAUCACAUUGGAGUUGAUGAUGGCAGCCAACUAUCUUCAUACUUGAAAGGCUUCAUUUACAACAUACUGAUGCCAUGCUGCUUAGACUAUACUAUAGUACAUCAAAGGGAAACAAUAUAUGCCCAAGCACAUGUAUAAUACGCAAACAAUGUUCAUCUUGUAAUCACCUCAAUGCUAACUAAAUAUUUAUUUAAGAACUAUCUUGGAAAUGAUACUUGUGCUCAAUUUUCUGAAAA